AUGGCUGAGGUUGAGAUGUCUUCUAUAGAUGCUAAGGAGGUAGUACAAGUGAGCAAGGCAACCGCCCAGGCGAGGCAAACAACCCAGUUGUUGGGCGAGCCUGUUUUUGACGUGUUGGGGUUACCUGUUCAUGGAGAGGAUAUGUUGGCCGCUCGAAAGAGGGUGCUAAGGGCCAAUAUGGAUGGGCAUAUACUGGACAGCGCUGAUCUGAUCCAUCAGGCGCCAAGGGGCAUUGAUCCAG